UUCCAAUGUAUGUCAAAUAAUAAUAAUAAUAAUGUCAAACUAAUCAUCCAACAACGUCCAUAUUCAUGUAUGUCAUGUUAAUGUGCACAUCAAAAGAAAUGAAGGCAUCCAUGAACGUGCAAAUCAUAUAGUUGGAGAUCCUCAUCCACUGACGUUAUGCAACCAUUACCACAAGCACCGACCAGCCGCGAGGGGUUGUGGGAAGGCCAGAAAAUGCUCCAUGCGUCUCGUCGUGAUAUCGUUUGGUGUGCCACAGAGAUAGAUAGAUAGCAUAGCAUAGCAUUAACUGCUUUGGCUCCUCAAGUCGUUUGCAAUGUAGCGCCCAAUUUCGGCAUCUGCAAUUCUAGGUCUCUGACUCUGGAGUCCAUGAAAGGUGUAUCCCUCGUGACGGAGGCUCCUAGUCUCGCGCUGCGAAUUAAUGCACAAAGGGUUUCUCUGCCGCAUACGAUCCUGGACUUGUAACUGUGUGGCGAAGCUCUCAUGAUGGCAGCAAAUUGUUUGAGGAUGCCGCAAAUCCUGAACAGCAUGAAACAAAAGUUCCCGCCUCGUAAUGGUAAUGGUACAGUUGGGUGGUUAGUUACUCGGAAACGAACCGAGUUCUUAGAAUUUCGUUGAAAGCGUGAAUUGGAUCUCAACAAGGACUUGCAAUUUUAGUAUCUAUCAAAUGGCUUUUCGGAGGUGUUGGGUAGGUUUGAAGAUUCGAAGAUCAGGGUAACAAAACACGAAUUGAACGGAGAGGUUGUCAUUGGUUUGCGCACUAUUGCGAGGGUGUCAGUUCUGGUGGCAGGUGGAGCACUGGAUCCAGGUUGUGACCGAGAAGUGAUUGUCGACGUCAAUGGAGAGAAUUGAGUUCCGCGGCGACUACAUUCCAGAGCGUGACAGUGUGUGUAGGUGUGCAGCUAGGACGCUCAGGGAAGUGGUGACGGAGGAGAUCCUUGCGAAUCCGAGGUGGUCACCCCAUUGUCCCGUUGCCUUCUCGAACUGGUUCGCCUGGCCUGGUGAUCACGACGUCAAGAAGACAUUGGGCAGUACGAUUUCGGCAUUGCAAUUGCCGAUGAUGCGAUUGAUUGAAGGUCCUUAUGGAUUCGGUUUCGAAGCGUUCAUGAGCGCAGGCGUGUGAUAAGGAAAUUCGGAAAUAUGCUGCCAUGUCGUGGCAGAGAUGGAGAAGCGAGCUGCUGACGUGGUGCGCCGAGGGAGGUUCAAUCUUCUGUGCUGGUUCUCUCGCUUAGCUGUUCUAUGUCAAUGCGCAUUUGCUCUAAAUGAGGAAGGUCAAUUACUGCUCGAGUGGAAGCAAGGCCUUGAAGAUAUGGACAACUUCUUGGACGACUGGAAUCCGAAUGAUGCUACUCCAUGUCUGUGGGCUGGCGUGUACUGUAAUCAGAAAUCUAUAUCUGCAAUCAAUUUCACUGGCUUCAACAGCCUCGCUAGCCCACUCACCUCUGAAACUUUCGGGCGAUUCUCCAAUUUGAGAGUCCUAAACGUUGGAAACACAAAUCCUUAUGGUGAUUUCCCUCGCGACAUCGUGAAUUGCUCAAAGCUCGUCUCUCUUAACCUUAGCUGGACCUACAUUUGGGGGAAUGUUCCAGCGGACAUCAGUAAUCUGAGAUUACUGCAGCAUAUGGACCUUAGCUAUGCAUACUUCAAUGGAACCUUGGUAAAUACCAUCGGUAACCUUCGUAAGCUUCGCACUCUUAGUCUUCAAUGCAACUACUUCGGAGGCUCUGUUCCGGAAUCCAUCUCUUCAUUGAAGAAGUUUGAAGUGCUGACUCUCGGAAUCAACAUGUGGACUGGAAAAUUUCCGUCCAGCAUCUUCACGCUUCCGAAUCUAGGUCUAUUGAUGGGAGACGACAAAUUGGACAUGAUGCCAAUGCCGGAUCUGACUUAUUGGGUAAACAUGGGAGAGCUCCGCCUCUACAACGUGAACCUUGCGCAAGCUUUGUUUCCGAUGGGAGUGAAGAGGAUGUCCAAUCUGGUGGUGCUUCAACUCUCGGGGUGCAACUUGACGGGUCCAAUUCCUGAGUUUCUUCACAACCUGACGCACCUAGAAGUGAUCGAUCUUGACAGGAACUCCCUUAGUGGUGAUGUCCCUGACGUAUUCGGCGGCAUGACGAACCUGAAGGAUUUCUCCGUGCAGUGUAAUCGCUUCACGGGUCGUCUCCCGUCCACCACAUAG